UCAAUCCCGAGGGAAAUGGUGUCCAUUUUAUUUUAAUGUCAACAUUCUCAUUUACGUUAAUACGGAUUUUCUCUUGGCACCUCAUUGACGUGAGCUCCCAGGAGAGAUUCUGCUCUGUCAGGCUCCAGAUUAUUUCCCAACAGGAGCAACAUGAUGCUCGGGGAGAAACUAAAGGAGCGCUGCGACGAGGAGGUGAUCAACGAACUGUGUUUGGCCAAUGGAGUGUCUUAUGAAAAAAUCGCCCGAGAAGGAGCGUACAUCACCUCCCUGGAGAUCUUCUUCUCCGGUUUCCCCCGCAUGGUUGGCCUUUCUUUCUUCCCAAGGCUCACCCAGCUCACCAUCGUGGGCCAGGACAUUAAUCUGAUAGAAGGUCUGGAGUGUUGUCCUCUCCUCCGAGAGCUCUGGGUCACCCAGUGUCAUCUGACAGAAAUAUCUGGACUACAGAACUGUGCAAAACUGGAGAAACUCUAUCUUUAUGACAAUGAAAUCUGUGAAAUCAAGAAUCUAGAUAUGCAGAUCAACCUAGAAAUCCUGUGGCUCAACAACAACUCCAUAAGUCACAUACAGGGCCUGAACACGCUUCAAAACCUCAAAGAACUGAACCUUGCCGACAACAUUAUUGAAGAGAUUGGGCAUAGCCUUGAUCCUAAUGUCGGCCUUCAAAAUCUUAAUCUGUCCGGGAACGAGAUCCGCUCUUUUAAGGAGCUGACCCUGCUAGCCGGCUUACCCCAUCUGAGAGAGCUAGCACUGAGGGACGCCACGUCAACCCCAAACCCAGUGUGUCGGCUGUGUAACUAUGCAACACACAUUCUGUACCACAUGCCUGGCCUCCAGCGACUCGACACCUACGACGUCUCGAGCAAGCAAGUCAAGGAAGCUGCUGAGUCAACAGUCUUGAAGAAAAUGAUGUACUACAACAUGCGAGUACACACUGCUCAAAGGAACCUGGAAGAGACUCGGUUAAGUCUGAUCGAGAGGAAGAAAACCCUGCUGCUGUUGCCUGAGGAAUAUGUCAGGACACUAAGUCAUUCCCUCAAAAAUCUUGAACGUGAGCUCUCCAAGGUGCUGACAAGUCGUAAGAAGUCUGCCAGCAAAUUGGACGAUGCACCAGGAGGACCGACCCACUUAGUGGAUGGUUCAUCCAACAGAUGGGAUCCAACCACUGACGUCUGCUGUGAUCCCACCAUGGAGCCAAAAAUACUCAUCAAGAUGAAAGCACUGAGGGAGAGACUGACACUGUGGAUGAAACGGCUGACCGAGAUUGAAGCUUGUCAUGAGAGAGAGUUGGCUCAAGCCACACACAUGAUGGGAUACACAGUCCAGUUUCUGCUGAUGGAGCUUGAAAGUGUUGGAAACAUUCGAUUAGAGGAGGGCAGCUCCACAGACCCUUGGUUUAAUUCCUCUUGCGACCUCAUCCUUUCCCGCUUCUCACACUCAGACUUCAGUGUUCACGGCAUCACUGGCAUAAAGGUUGAUAGAGUUAUCCGCAUCUUCAACAGCGCCUUGAGGUAUCGCUUUGAGGACAAACUUCAAAACCUGCUAGUCAGCGAAGACACUCCUAUCCAUUCACAAAUCUACAGAAAUCGGCUUGAUCACUUGUUCUACGCACCUGACCCGGAAAAAGACUGUGCGAUGGAAGAAAUUUUGUGCAUUUUGGAGCAGGGCUUUAAAUCGGCAGGACACUAUAAGAACUUUGGGCAAGAGUGUGGCAUACCGUUAUCCAACAGCCUGAGUGUGACUGAAGAGCCCAGAAUCGAACACACUCUGCGACAGGCCAGCCAACCUGACUACAGUGAGGAUCCAGUCCCAUUCAGGCACGGUCAGAUUAUUAUUUCCAAAGUGUACGUGGGUCACAGCAUACCUCUCCGAGAGGAAAGUCCAGUUGACAAAAUCAGCCUUCGUAGAGUCUGCUCUGUAUAUCGCAAUGUGGACACUAAGCUCAGAUCUGCAUCGAGCGAUGAAAGACCUCGCUCCUCCAAAACACACACUGGUCCUGAGUGCAGCCCCAGGCGGAGACAGUGGUUUAUGUUUGACCAUGAACUCGUAUUGCCUAAGUACCUUGUAUAUUUUCAAUAUGUAACUAGGAAACAAGAACAACCGGCAUCGCCAGAACACAGCAAAGACAGAAUCCUUCUGGACAAGCAAGUCCUCAACAUGGAUCCUGUGCUUAAACAGCAGCCUAAGUUGAUGAGCUUGGAUGACAAAAUUCUGCUUAAUGUGGCCAGAGCUAACGUCCUGAGUCAGAUCACUGUACUGAACCUUCAUGGGAACAGUCUGAGCAAGAUAAAGGAGAUUUCCUGCCUCACGGCUCUGCGGCAUCUCACCAUCAGCUUCAAUGAGUUCACACGCCUCAAUGACAUUUCUCACAUGCCUUACCUUGAGUCUUUGGAUGCGAGCUUCAACCACCUGGUGACCCUCGAGGGGCUGAGGGGGCUGGGACAACUCAAGCAGCUCGAUGUGCGGUGGAACCAGUUGACCAAAGCCAGACAAGAUGCUGCAGUUUUAAGGAAACACACACCUGCUCUUCUGAAGCUUGACACCAGAUACAACCCUUGGAAAAGACUGGAGACGGCCAGAAGGAACAUACUGGGACGUCUAAAAACACUCACACACCUUGAUGAUCUGAUGGUCACAGAGGAGGAGGCUGCUGAUGCUGUUGCCAUGGCUGCAGAUUCCAAAAUUAACCAGGCAUCUCUUCUGGCUAACUCGCGCACUAAUACUGAUCGUCCCCGAUGUCUCAGCCUGCUAUCGACAGCUCAGCUCGUCUGCCUUCUCAAUCCAGCACCCUGGGGGCUCAGCCAGCAGCUGCAGCCGGACUGGACCGCAAUGCUCACAGCCCUGAACCUUGACAGCCAGAGGAUUUCCAAGCUGAUUAAUCUGAAUAAACUGGUAAACCUGCGCUGGGCCUCCUUCAAUGACAACGACAUCUCUAAAGUGGAGGGACUGGAGAGUUGCCUGAAGCUAGAGGAGCUUUCCCUGAACAACAACUGCAUCAGCACUUUCAGUGGCCUGUCAAAACUGCUUUGCCUAAAUAAACUGAGUAUAGACGGGAAUCAGCUCUCUAGACUGGAUGUUUCAGUCCUUGAUCAGCUGCCCAACCUGACCUUUCUGUCUGUGGAGAACAACUGUAUCAGUUCCCUGUAUGGCAUCCAGAGGGUCAGCUCCCUGCUUGAACUCUAUAUUGCCAACAACCAGAUCUCUUCAUCACGAGACAUCUACUAUCUAAAGGGACUGUCCAACCUCAUCAUUCUGGAUCUUUAUGGGAAUCCUCUAGUGGAGAAACUAGAGUACUAUCGGAUAUAUGUGGUGUUCCACGUAUCCUCGCUGAAAGCUCUGGACGGGAUUGCAGUCGAAGUUCUUGAGUCUGAAAGUGCAAAGGACAUGUUUGGAGGAAGACUCACCUCGGACAUGGUGGCAGAGAAGCUGGGCCACUCUAACUUCUCAGACAUCACCUACCUCACCCUGCAGUCCUGCUCCAUUAGGAGCGUUGACCUCUCUCCAGUAGACAUAUUCAUUGGCCUGCGCAGUGUCAACUUGGACCACAACAACCUCACCUCUUUUUCAGGCCUUGUUUACCUGCCGAACAUCAAAGCUCUGUGUCUGAACAACAACCACAUCGAGUCCAUUCUACCAAGGCAGCGGACUCAGGCUCAUCUGACAAACAGACAGAUCCUCCACAGCAAAGUCCACUCCAGUGGUUACGGUCAGCAGAGUUCAUCCAAAGGCAGCAGGGAAACUGGGCCCAGUGGCAGCCGGGAGCCACUGAUGGGCAGCCUGGAGGUGCUGCAUUUGAGUCACAAUGGAAUCUCCAGUUUGGCCAAUCUGCAGCUCAGCAGGCUCACCAAUCUUAAAGCCCUUUUCCUUCAAGGUAAUGACAUCAGCCAGGUGGAAGGGUUGGAGGGGCUACGCCAUCUCAGAGAACUGGUCCUAGACAGGAACCGCAUCAAAUCUCUGGCCGAGAACUCUUUCAUCGCCCAGAACGUUCUGCUGGAGCUGCGCCUAGAAGAGAACCGCAUCCGGGAGCUCAACCAUCUGGAUCCUUUGACCGAGCUCCGCAAGCUGUUUCUUGGCAUGAACAAGCUGCAGGAUGUCACUGAGCUCGACAAACUAGAGGUUCUUCCAUCGCUUACAGAGCUCUCAGUGGUUGGAAAUCCUGUGGCCCGCAAGUCUCUCCACAGAGCACCAGUGGUGCUUCAUCUGUCCCAGCUGCAGGUUCUGGAUGGAGUGAUGGUCACUCUGGAGGAAAGGACCAGGGCUGAGCUCCUCAGUUGUGAUCCAUCAUACCCUGGAGCCUCUCUCCCCCCCACUGAGUUAAACCUACCUGGACUGCUCCCCCUCGUGCCCCGACACCCCUCUCUACGAGGAAUAAGUAUAAGUGGAGGACCGCAGACUGUCAUGCUUGGGCACGAUAUCCAGACGAAUAACACGGAUGAAGCCCCGUCUCAUCAAACAUACAAAUACAAGAGGCGAAAGCAGAGUUAUCCUGCUCGAAGCACCCAAACUGACAUUCCCUUCAGACAUAUCAGAGGAACAAGAAGCACCCUGCCAACCACAAGUCUACUGUCAGAUGGGAAUGGACUUUUUGACCCGUAUAACAACCAGGAGCAAGAAAGCAGAUUCCCAAAUGGUGGUAAACCUCCAUCCAUGUAGCAUCCAGAGGAGCCACAUCCACACCAAAAUGGAAUGAGUUCCUGCCUGACUCCUACUACAUCCGCCCACCAAGGUUUGUGUUAAUCCAUCCAGGAGCUUUUUUGAGAACAUAACCUCCUUGGUGGAGGUAAUGAGGACAUGGUCUUUGGAAAAGGCAAUACAGAACUUUCUAUGAACCUCAAACCAAAUGCAAUUUACGUGUUAAUAAAUCGUCUUUGCUGUUUGUUUAAAACAAAGCUUCCUUUGGUUUAAACACAAUGACACUACUUGAAAGGAACGUGUAUUGCACUCCUUUCCAAACGCAUUUAUAACGACCGAUUUUGUUUUCCCUCCACGCAAAUGGAUCACUAACCAUGGUAAUCUGAGGAUGAGAGGUUUUGGCGUCAGUUCCACCGCCAUCCAGUCCUUGGCCCCAAACGAGUAAAAAAAACACCCACAGAUGUACGGGCGUGUGAGGCUGGCAUGCUGUGUCCAUCAGGUCAAACGCAUCCCCAACAAGUGGGAUAAUCCGGCUUUAGCACACCUCUCUGUGGACAAUAAUCUGCAGUCACUCAGAUAAAGAUGUUAUCUUGAAUGAGGUCCAAAUGGAUUUCAGAGAACUGUCAGUUUCAUCACGUUAGCCUUUUUUCAGAAAGCUCCCCGCAGCUUCGCCCGUAAUAGACAAAUCUUGUGUGUUGUAACCGCAAAUAAACCUCCUGCGUUUGAUAUGUAUGAUGUUCGUUCUGCUGCUGAACAUGAGAACGUAAUCCUCCCUGUCUUUCUGUCAGUUUAACCCAGUGGGCCUGUAGUUAACAGUCUGAGCUUUACAUGUGGAGGAGGCAGUCUAUAUGAAGUGAUAUGAAACCUUUACAUUGUGGGAGAAGAGAUUUAUACAGGAUAUCUUCUCCCCUCCAUUACCUUAGGCAUAAAUAAAAUGACGCACAGAACGAUGCGGAACUCUGUUACAUAAUUAAAGAAUAUCUAGUAAAAUGAAAUUAUUAUUUAUUUUACUUUAGACCUGUGGUUUUUCAUACCAUGUGCUCAAUAUAAAAGAUAAAACAGAGUCAAGACUUGGGGAAGAUGUGGCCCUGCAAAACCCAAAGGCUUGGGCAGCAACGUUUCCCUCCUCCAACCCCAGCUUUGGAGUUUAUGCUUUUGUGACUUCAGUGCGACCACUAGGUGUCCUUAGAGCUCCAUUAGCUCUCCCUCUAAGACUCAAUCAGUCCUGAAUGAAUUCACCACCUGCCUGUGCUGCAGGUAGUCCUUUCUCAGCAGAGGAGGGACACAUGCAUGUGGAUGCCACAGAUUUGUGUUUGUGGAACAUGUGAGGCAGCUUGCAGCAGCAAAAGUGAAAAGCUCUCCCCAAACAAGCUCCUCUAAUGCAUGUACUUAACUUCACUUAAUUUGUGUUAAUUCCCAGCACUAAGCAGGGCUAAUGACAGUGCAAGUGAGUGCACUGUCAUUACUGUGCUCUGCCUGACAUCAAAUGGCAGCUGAUGGACUCACACUAGAAAAAAAGACACUCUAAUGCACAGAUUUUGGGGCUCAGUGCGAGUACUCUAAUGCUUUAGGUAUUGCGAAGGAUAAUUACACAUUUCAUAUUUGUGUACAGGGUGUGCAGUAUGGAUAUGUCAGAAGUCUGUUUGUCAGAAGCUGUUUUCAAUGCAAAUGUAUUUCCGCGUGUGUUGUAAGCUUAUAGCGAGCAUACCACUUCAUACAGUAUGUUUCUCUUUGCAUAUCUGUCCAUAUUUUUAAAAUUAAAAUGACAUUAGCAUAAAUAUUGUGAAUUAUUCAUCAGUUCUGAGUGAACCCAGAUGCACCUCUCUCUCUCUCUCUCUCUCUCUCUUUCUCUCUCUCUCGCUCUCUCUCUCUCCCUCCCCCUCUCCUCCCCCCGCUUCUCCAUGUGAGUAGACCACAUGGUUCGUAGCUGGUUUAAUGGGAUGGAAUGUGACAGGUUAUGUUUUCAUCUGCCUGAUAUGGAGCCCGACUCAGGCGGGAGGGAGGAAGAGACAGACGGAGAGAGGGAUGGAGAGGGGGCAGACAGAGUUGGUCUCCACAGUUGUAUUUGGGAAUCAUACUUUGACAUGUUUGUGCUUGUUGAGAAUCAGUUAUAGAUGAUACCCCUCCCCGUCAGCACACAAACACACACACACACACACACACACAUGCACAUGCUCAGUAUGGGGCCAUUACUGCAGGUCCACUAGCUCCCUACAUUUGCUGUGUCUGUGCAUUCAGAGCACCAUUAGUCCAAGACUCUGUGAAUAAUUGCUGAAUGGACCAUGUUUUCACUGCUAUCUACUCAGGUUCCAGUGUUGGGGGUUGAUGUGGGGGUGAAGUGAGAGGGAUGAGGAAACUGAUUGAUGUUUGAUCCCGACAGAUAAUGCUGCAUCUUGUACAAUGUUUAUCCAAGCAUCAUGCACAGUAUGCCCGAUGCAUGAACGCCAUUAAACUCCAUACGCAUUGCACAUUUACCAGCUUCUAUUAACUUUAGAAGUGCUUCCACACGGAGCUUACAAUUGCACCAUCACUUGAUUUGGAAGUGAUGUUAUAAAAAUUAAAUCACUCCACAUUUGCCUGCUGUAGGCCGUCAUAAAAACAUAAAUUGUUUAGUUUUCAAAAGGUGCUAUAAUGCCCCGAGUUCAUUUUUCAUCCUCUGUUCAGGAGCAGUGUUGCCUUAUUGCUCGUCCUGAGAUCUGUUAUUGAGUUAUCAUUGCUGCUUGUCGUUUUCCUGUAAAUUGUUUCCCAUGAGGUUUUUAGAUUUAGAUUAAAGAGCGAAUGGAGUGAGAGCAAAAAUACAGAUAAAAGAAUGGAGUGAGCGUGACAAUUUGAUUGAAAAAAAGCUUUUAUUUUCUGCAAACAUUUUAGUUUGUAGAGCACGCCUCACAGAAGCAAUAAAUCUUGACUGCUGCUCAUUUCUGGACUUUCAUGUGAUUUAUCUCAUUAUUUAGCUGGUGUGUCAUUUAUCAAAUUAUUUCAAUCGCACAAAGUGUGUUUGAAUGGGUUAAAAUAGGAUAACACAAUAACAGAACAACAGAUGACUACCCAUCUAGUAAAUUUAACAGGAAUCAAUUUUCAGAGAGUGUCAGAUUAAUAUGGCAUUAGUCACUUAUUUCAUGAUAUUUGCGUUUGUUUCUCUCCGUUAAUGACGUGGAUGUCUUAUUUCAAGUAAAUGUUCUUCAUCAGAUGGCUGUAAUAAAAGUGGAGUGAUUGGUUGUAAAUAAGUGGUGCUAUGGGGGAUUACAUGGUACAGUACAUGUUGUCGUGACUGACAGGCUUUUCUGUUUCAAUGGUUUAUUGUGUCCUACACGGAGCAGAAAUUGCUUUUUCAAGAUGAGAAGGAAACACAACUUCCUGUCCACCCUUAUCCCCUCAGCCUCAGUGAAGAAUAACAACAACAACAAUUUAAUCUCCUUUGCAGCAGAUUAUUAUCUUUCUUUGUGUUGAUAUUGUGGCCUUUUUAGUUGAUCACUUCAUGAUCCUCCUUUCGGUGCUCCUUCUGUCUAGGUAAAGCAACAUUUUGAGGCAGGCACUUGACCA